AUGUCUAAUACUUUACCUGCGUUGAAAAAGAAUGAUCUGUACAUCUAUGAUUUACCUGAGCAGAUAAUAAAUUCACUGGAGCUUAUGGUAUUUGACUCUUCAGUAAAAGAAGUGAUCUUAGAAGUACCAAAAGAAGCUCCGGAACCUGUUAAAAAGGCGGUUGAAUCCAACUCUUUGGAGUGUGGAAGUUGUGAAAGAAGUUUCGAAUCUCAAGAAGAUAGAAAAGAGCACUAUAAAUCGGAUUUCCAUCGUUUUAACAUCAAAAGGAAACUGGCAAAUCUACCGCCAAUAGACAUUGAUGAGUUCGAGAAACUAACUGAGAAUGAAGAUUUAGAAAGUAUAUCUGGCUCCGACAGUGAGGAAUCCGAUGAUGGAGAGGAGAAUAUUUACAAGGAGCGAAAAGAUGAGCUCACGACUAUAUUUGAAACGCAGCUUGCAAAUAUGAAUCUGGAAGAAAAAGAGACAGAGUCCAAAUUCAGUCAUUUGAAUACUCAAUCGCCACAUAUAUUCUUCAAAUCUAGUUUGCUCCCUGAAGGUCAAGUUUUUGCGGUAUACAAAGCGCUAUUUUCAAAGGACUCUAUUGAAAGACCAUUGGAAACUAUUAGAGAAUGGAAUAGCAAAACUUCAAGCGAAAGUUGUUCAGCGUUAUUCAUGAUUGGAGGUGGCCACUUCGCUGGUGCAAUUGUAUCUCAUCAGCGAUUGAAUACCAAAGGUAAUUCAGUUAAACAGCAAAGCCUUCAGGAGCAGGGUGUUCAACUACUUGAACACAAAACAUUUCAUAGAUAUACCACAAGGAGAAAACAGGGUGGCUCCCAAUCGGCCAUGGAUAAUGCCAAGGGUAAAGCUAAUUCAGCCGGCUCAUCUUUGCGUCGAUACAAUGAAAAAGCCUUGAAGGUUGAUGUUCAAUCGUUGUUGACUCAGUGGGAGCCUUUCCUAAAGCGGUGUGAUAACAUCUUUAUUAGAGCUAGAAGUUCUUCCGACAGAGCGGUUUUCUUUGAUGAUAAUACAUGUAUAAAAAAGGACGACCCAAGAAUAAGAUCAUUCCCGUUUACAACGAAGCGUCCAACAGCUAGCGAGCUAAAAAAAGCGUGGUGUCAAUUGACCUAUUUGUCCCAAAGCUCAAGGCCUGAAACAAUACCGAAGCAAAAUAGUGCAGUUGAAUCAAAGAAUCAAAAUGCAAAGGAAGCAACCAAGAAGCCUGCGGAAAGAGAGAAGACUACGGAGGAAAAACAGACUCUAGAACUGGUAGCUCUCUUGAAAAAGUCCAAAGCCCCUCUUCUCGUUUCAUUUAUCCGAAAAAACAAUCUGAAUAUAAACUUCAAACUACAACCAUACGAUGAAUACAUUCAGACACCUACAUUACUCCAUCUGGCGUCUCAACAAGGGCUCAAAAAUAUGGUCCUCAUUCUUUUAAGUAAUUUGAAAUCCGACCCCACUAUUACCAAUCACUUUGGGAAAACGGCCUGGGAUUUAGCUAAGAAAAGUGAAGUCAGACAUGCGUUUCAAAUUGCAAGAUAUAAUCUGGGGGAGGGUUUCACCGAUUGGACUGCAGCACACGUUGAAGAGCCAUUGAGUAGGGAGCAGGUCAAUGACAUAAAUCAAAAGGUACAAGAGAAAGAAGAAUCUGAAAGAAUUGUGAGCAUAAGUAAGGAGUUAGAAGCUGCAAAGCAGAGGCAGAAGUUAGAGAAGGAAAAGAAACGAGGACCAGGUGUCGCAUUAGGCAGUCAGCUUUCAAACUUACAGCAGACAAUGAACUCAUUAAAUGAUGACCAAAAGAUGAGAUUUAUGAGAGAACAAAGAGCACGAGCCGCUGAAGCUCGAAUGCGCAUGAAUGCAACUAAGUAA